UGGGAGACGUGGAGCGUAUCAACGCCACUUGCGGCCCCAUCCGAACGAGCAAGAGAGACCAUGGGAAAUGCCGGCUUUGUCGAGUUGCUACCUCGGAGAUUCCAGUCUAACGUCGGGUAUCCCGAUAAGGGCUUAUUUAUCCAUCUUUCUGUCUCCCAAACCAGACCAGGAAGAAGAAGAAGAAGAAGAAGAAGAAGAGCAAUGAAGGGAACGUUGUGUCACGAGCUGGAGGUCGGCCUCCCUGCAGGCCAAGUCUGGGAGGUCUACGGCACGCUGCGGCUGGCUCAGCUGGUGGUGGAAUUGGUUCCUAAUGUCAUCCAAAAGGUGGAUAUCGUCGAAGGAGAUGGUGGCGUCGGUACGGUUCUGCACCUCACCUUCCCCACCGGAACAAGUGGUGGUCCACAGUUCUACAAGGAGAAGUUUGUGAAGAUUGACGACGAGAAUCGAUUGAAGGAAGCCAUCGUGGUGGAAGGAGGAUACCUGGAAAUGGGGUUUCUGUCCUUUCUAGUUCGUUUCGAGAUCAUAGACAAGGAGGAGGGAGUCUCUUCCAUCAUCAAAUCCACCAUCGAGUACGAGGUUGACGAAGAGCACGCAGGUAAUGCUUCUCUCGUCACCACCGCGGCGGUCGCGGCGAUCGCUGAAGGUGUUUCUGGCUAUCUCAUGAAGGAGAAAAGUGGUGCUUCAAACUGAGGCCUGUAUGGAAUAUAAUUGCAAUCAUUUCUGAAUCGUAAUAAAGAGAAAAAUAAAAGAGAAAA